UAUCUCAUUGAAAAAGUAAUAAAUUUAAAGAAUAACUAAAACAAAAAGCCAUUAAUUGAUGUGAUAUUAGAGAUAACUUAAAAAUGGCUGAAAAAUCGGAGUUUGUUUCACUUGAAGAAUGUAUCGACAGAUGUAUUACUAAUGAAAAUGAUAUUAAAGAAGUUAAACGUAUUUUAUAUGGAAAACAAUUGCUUGAACUUAACAUCAGUGGCGAAGCCCUGGAAAUGGCAGAUAAUAAAGGGUUUGAAAUAAAAGGUUAUGUAUUUGAGGCUAAAAGGGAACAAAUAAGGAAACCAAGAAACGUUAGGAUUGGUGUCAUUCAAAAUAAAAUAGUUUUGCCGACCACUGCAUCAGUGACUGAUCAAAGAGAUGCCAUUCAUCAGAGAAUUUCUCACAUUAUAAGAGCUGCCAGUCUUUGUAAUGUCAAUAUAAUAUGCUUUCAGGAAACGUGGCCAAUGCCAUUUGGGUUUUGCACGCGUGAGAAGUUGCCGUGGACUGAGUUCGCAGAAUCGGCGCUAACGGGUCCCACAACUGUCUUCCUUCAAGAGAUUGCAAAAAAUAACGAUAUGGUUAUAGUUUCGCCUAUUUUGGAAAGGGAUGAACAACACGGAGAUAUCAUUUGGAAUACGGCUGUUGUUAUAUCAAACACCGGCAAAGUUAUCGGCAAAACCCGUAAAAAUCAUAUACCAAGAGUUGGAGAUUUUAAUGAGUCGACUUAUUACAUGGAAAGCACUUUAGGACAUCCAGUGUUUGAGACCAAAUUUGGAAGAAUUGGUGUAAAUAUAUGUUAUGGUAGACAUCACCCACAGAAUUGGUUAAUGUAUGGACUGAAUGGCGCAGAAAUUGUAUUCAAUCCAUCGGCAACUGUGGGAGAAUUGAGUGAACCGUUGUGGCCAAUAGAGGCCCGAAAUGCUGCCAUUGCUAAUCAUUACUUUACAUGUGCUAUUAAUAGAGUGGGAACGGAAAUUUUUCCAAAUGAGUUCACUUCAGGCGACGGAAAAUCGGCGCACAAAGAUUUUGGACACUUUUAUGGCUCGAGUUAUAUCGCAUCACCCGAUGGCUCACGAACUCCUGGUUUGUCCCGAACUAGUGAUGGCCUACUGAUAGCUGAAGUAGAUCUAAAUUUGUGUCGUCAGGUUCAGGAUCACUGGGGUUUUAAGAUGACUCAACGAUUGGAAACAUACGUUAAUGAACUCCAAGAAGUAAUUAAACCAGAUUUCAAGCAAAAUAUCAUUUGUGAAAAUAAAUAA